CUGGCUGGGUGUGCGCAGCCUGGGCUCGUACAGGCAGCUACACUGGGCCAUUCGCCAAGUGAAUUGUUCGCGGAGCAUUGGUCUCUGCCAGCGAGUCCUUUGAAUUCGCGGAGCAUUGUGCCCCGCUGAGAAUUCCUGAAAGUGCAGAGCAUUGGCCUCUGCAAACAACAUCCUGCACGUGCAGAGCAUUGGCCUCUGCUAGGAGUCCUCAAUUCGCGGAGCAUUGGUCUCUGCAGAGGAUUCCUCAACGUGCAGAGCAUUGGCCUCUGGAAAAGAGCGUGAAUUUCCUUUGAAGUUUUGCUGAGGCCUUGUCGCUCCUCUGUGACAUCCUCCCUUCAAAAUGGAUUCUGGAUUCCCAAAAAAGACACCAACACCUCGUCUUUUGCUGAGGGAAAGACUGCAGCCUAACACUCUGUUUCCCUCUAAGUUCCAGCAGGACAAGUUUGCAAACACGAAGAAGGAGGCCAGCACUGGGGGGAGUAUUCUGCCCAGAAUUGGCCCAUGGAUAGACCUGAGCAAGACUGGUCCAAAGCUGCCGUCAGCUCCCCCAAAGCAGAACUUGUUGCAGAUUUCCCCACCAGAGGUGAUAUUUCAGAACUUCAACACUCAUGAUGUCUCUGAAAUGACAGUGUCUCUCAUGAAUGUGGACAAGUUUCCUCAUGUGGUGAAGGUCUCCAUGGAGAGAUCACCUUACUUCCAGGUCAUGGGCUCCAACGAUGCCUACCGUCUCCUGGUGCCGGCCGUGUCUGUCCCUGUGCGCAUCCGCUUCAGCCCCGGCGAGAACAAGGAUUAUUCCCACCAGCUGGUCUGUGUCACUGAAAGGGAAAGGAUAGUGGUGCCAAUUCGGGCCAUUGCUGCCCGAGCUGUCCUGGACUUCCCUGACCAGCUGGACUUCUCCACAUGUCCAGUCAAGAGCAGCACCCAGAAGACUCUGCUGCUCCGCAACACCGGGAACCUGGAAGCUCGUUUCCAGCUGAGCACCCAGAGCUGA